UUUAACGUGGCACCCACUUCCUUUACCUUUUUACCUACAUAAAUACCCCCGACCUUUCUUCUUCAGUCUUUCACUCUUCACUUUCUCACCUUCUGCCACAAAAUUUCCUUUUCCUUUUCCUUCACCAAGAAAGAAAAUUAAAGAAGCCAAACAAAGGAAAAAGGGCAAGCAAUGCCGCGUUUUGGUGUUGUAGACAAUCCCAAGGGGGACGGUGCAGUUCAUUCAAAAGAUAGUUCUCGAGAUUUGCGUGACCAACUCCCAUCUUUAAUGUCUUCCUCUUAUCCUAUCACUCUCAAGUUCAUUGACGUGUGUUACAAGGUGAAGAUACAGCAAACCAACAGUCAAGGUAGCAGCAUUAAACGCAUGUUCAGCCAUGGAUCAACACCAUCGUCUGAUCAAAGAUCAAUGGGUACGAUCGAAGAAAAAACAAUCUUGAACAAUAUCACGGGCGUGGUUUCACCAGGAGAAAUCUUGGCUAUCCUUGGUCCUUCAGGCAGCGGAAAAUCUACUCUCCUCAAUGCCUUAGCUGGGAGACUCCAACAAGGCAAUGGCUUCUCCGGAACUAUCCUUGCUAACAACAAAAAACCCACUAAACAAAUCGCAAAACGCACCGGAUUCGUCACCCAGGAUGAUGUCCUUUACCCUCACUUGACUGUUCGUGAAACCUUAGUGUUUUGCUCCCUUUUAAGGUUACCCAAAACAUUGACCAAAAAAGAGAAGAUUUCAGUGGCUGAAAUGGUUUUAUCCGAGUUGGGAUUAUCGAAAUGUGAAAAAACAAUCAUUGGGAACAGUUUUAUACGUGGUAUUUCGGGUGGAGAACGGAAAAGAGUGAGUAUAGCCCAUGAAAUGCUUAUAAACCCUAGUCUGUUGAUUCUCGAUGAACCAACGUCGGGUUUGGACUCGACAGCUGCGCACCGGUUGGUUUCGACUUUGGGGUCGUUGGCUCAAAAGGGGAAGACCAUAAUAACAUCCAUGCACCAACCGUCGAGCCUAGUAUAUCAGAUGUUUGACUCAGUGUUGGUUUUGAGUGAAGGAAGGAGUUUGUAUUUUGGUAAGGGAAGUGAAGCAAUGGCUUAUUAUGAGUCGGUUGGAUUCUCACCGUCUUUUCCUAUGAAUCCUGCGGAUUUCCUCCUUGAUCUCGCUAACGGUGUGUGUAAACUUGACGGCAUAAGCGAAAGAGAGAGGCCAAACAUUAAGCAAACUCUGAUCACUUCUUACAACACCCUGUUGGCUCCAAAAGUAAAAGCUGCUUGCAUGGAUAUCACAACUGUUUCAGCAAAAGACACCCAAUUGAUGGGAAGCCGUAGUUUCAAAGAACACAGGAAUAGCAACAGAGUUGACCUUUCUACUUGGUUCAAUCAAUUCAGCAUUCUACUCGAGAGAAGCCUCAAAGAAAGAAAGCAUGAAUCUUUCAACACUCUCAGAGUCUUCCAAGUAAUCACUGCUGCAAUGUUAGCCGGUUUAAUGUGGUGGCAUUCGGAUUAUCGACAUAUCCAAGACCGCCUUGGUCUCCUCUUUUUCAUUUCCAUCUUUUGGGGUGUCUUGCCAUCGUUUAAUGCAGCAUUUGCUUUUCCCCAAGAACGUGCAAUCUUUAUGAAAGAGCGUGCUUCUGGUAUGUACACUUUAUCUUCCUAUUUCAUGGCACGGAUAAUCGGUGACCUCCCAAUGGAGCUUAUUCUUCCCACAGUUUUCCUUGUUAUGGCUUACUGGAUGGCUGGAUUGAAACCCGAUUUGGUCGCAUUUCUUUUGACAAUGUUGGUUCUUCUUGGCUACGUACUCGUCUCUCAGGGGCUUGGCCUUGCAUUAGGAGCAGCAAUCAUGGAUGCCAAACAGGCUUCAACCAUAGUUACUGUCACAAUGCUAGCAUUUGUUCUAACAGGAGGGUACUAUGUGCAUAAGGUGCCAUCAUGCGUGGCAUGGAUCAAAUAUAUUUCUACAACAUAUUACAGCUAUAAGCUGUUUAUUAACGUCCAAUACGGCCAAGGCAAGACAAUUUCGUCAAUGUUGGGUUGCUCAUCACACCAUGGAAUUAGUAAUAGAGUUAGCUGCAAGUUUAUUGAUCAAGACAUUGCAGGGCAAAUUAGCCCUGAACUGAGUGUGGGAAUCUUGCUUCUAAUGUUCGUAGGAUAUAGGUUGUUGGCUUACCUUGCAUUAAGGCGUAUCAAAGGUUGAAACUUUUGUAUUAGUUCACAGCUUCUUGUCAUUCAUAUCGGCCCAAAUUUGGAUCCCGCUAACUGUAACUGAAGAAUCCAAAGUAAAGUUUGCAAAUUCACAAAGUACAACAAAGAAACAGUUUGCACUUUUGCAACAACAAAUUUUCUUUUAUACA